UUUGCGUAAUUUGCAUAUUUCUAUCGCAGCUGUCAUGGCGGACGAAAAACAGCAGACAAGUGCCAUUUUUAAGAGGCACGAACAAUUAAAAAGAUGGGAAGAUUCAGACACAAAUAAGUGCUUAAACCAUACUUUAGGAAAAGAAAAAAAAGUGAAGUUUCAAGAUGGAUGUGUAUUUUUAGCCGCUUGUUCUAGCGGGGACAGUGAUGAAGUGAAAAGGUUACUCGACAGAGGAGCUGAUAUAAACACUGCAAAUAUCGACGGUUUGACAGCGUUACAUCAGGCAUGUAUAGACGACAAUCUGGAUAUGGUAGAGUUCCUGGUGGAACAUGGAGCCGAUGUUGAUGUAUGUGAUAACGAGGGGUGGACCCCACUCCAUGCCACAGCCUCAUGUGGCUUCACAGAAAUUGCCAGAUACUUGCUGCGACAGGGAGCGAAUGUUGCUGCCGUCAACAAUGAUGGUGAUUUACCGUUUGAUAUAUGUGAAGAUGAUACUAUGGAGAAACUGUUACAAGAAUGUAUGGAUGAACAAGGUGUGGAUGCAGAUGCUGCACGACGUGAAGAAGAAGAUAGUAUGAUGGAGGAUGCCAACCAGUGGUUGAACAGUGUUCAAAAAGGCGAAUCAAUCGAGGAAUUUAAACACCCGAAAACUGGGGCCACAGCUCUUCAUGUAGCUUCCGCUAAAGGAUAUGUCAAAGUUAUGACAAUAUUGUUACAAGCAGGUUUUGAUUUGAAUGCUAAAGAUACAGAUGGUUGGACAGCACUUCAUGCAGCAGCUCACUGGGGACAGGAAGAAUCAUGUAAAAUACUCGCAGAAAACAUGUGUGAUAUGGAGGCAAAGAAUCUGGCUGGCCAGACAGCUUUCGAUGUAGCAGAUACAGAGUUAGUGAAGCUACUGGAGGAACUUAAACUUAAACAAGCAUCACUGAAAGACCAACAGAAAGACUUACAGAUCAUCCAGACGAGGUUACCAGCGUCACGGAGAAGCCGUAACGAUCCUGCAAGGAGUUCUGUAACACGUAUGAGUGUUGAACAGAAGCACAAUGUGAUGAAGAAUGUGGACGGCCAGGAGCGAGCCACUCUCGAUGUGAUUCCACCGGCAACCGAGGAAGAAAAGGCAAAGAGCAGCUCUAGUUCCUGUAGUGAGGAGGAGGAGUCAGAAUCAUCUACAGAAUCUGAAACAGAAAAGAAGAAUGAAAUCAACAAAAAGACAUCUCAACAGAAUCAGCCUCGGGACCGAGACAAGCCCCCGAUAAUGACAACCGUGGAAAUUAAAGAGAAACAGACCCCAGAAAUGCCCAAAAUUGAGGAGUCUGUGGAAACUACGGAAAAAGAAAAUAUUAAGUUUAUGGAUGAUGAGAAUGAAGAGCUUAAAAAUGAGCUUAAGAAAGAGGCGGAGGUUAUAGGUGAUGGUCUCAAGAAAGACAAGAUCUUCAAUAAUGAUAAAAAGGACAUUCAGAAAGAAGAAAAGGAGAAGGAAAUCUUGAAACCAGAGAAAACUGACGAUACUCUGAAGAAUAAGGAAAUUGUUAAUAAUAACAAAGAGGAGAAGAAAGAAUUAGAUCUCAAUGAAGAGAAAAAGAAAGAUAUGGACAAAGAUGUUGAUAAAGUCAAGGUCAUUGAAAAGGUCAAAGAGACAGAUAUUGAUAAAGAUACACCAUUGAUUGAAAAUGUCGCCCCUAAGAAAGACCGAGCGGGUUUGAAGCGAACUGCGAGUGCUCCGCCAAGCAUAACCGAGGUACCAAAGAUUUCCAUUAAUACGAAAUUGUUGAAAGACGACAAUAAGGGCGAGAAUGAGAUUCCGUCAUGGCGACUCGGUCUCCGGAAAACUGGUAGUACGAGCAUGGUUCCACAUGAUUCCUCGGUUAACAAACCAGUCGAGGAGGAUAAAAAUUUACCUCGCUCAGCAUCAAGUCCCAGAAUUGGCGAGGAGGAUGAAAAUAAGAAAAAUGAAAAGAACGAUAAACCAGUGACCAGACGACCCUAUCUCAGUUCAUCCUCAUUUUCGACAGCCGAUCACAAUAACUCUAGUGUGAGUGAAAGACUUCAACGCUGGAGAAGGUCACAGGGUCUAACCAACCCAUAUCGCUACUCUGCUGGCUCCGGUCUAAACUCCACAACAUCCUAUCAAUCCUCAUACGUCCCCUAUUACCGUCGGCAACAGCUUGAAAAUGAACGAAAAGAGCGGGAAAAAUCGGAUAAAGAAACGGGCAAUAAGGAAAAUGUUGCGAAUAAUAGAAUAUCAGCACCAACAUCACUGCCUGUAACGUCGUCUACAGUCACAACGGCGUCCACUAUCUCGACAACAUCUAGUUCAACAACUAUCACUACCCCAACCUCAUCAUUUACUCAUUAUCGGAAGUCAUAUGAACCCCCAAAGAGAGAUGAGGAAACUGAGAUGUUGAGAAAAGUACGAGCCAAACGUGCCAGGGAAACCAGACGGUCAACUCAAGGUGUCACUCUUGAAGAAGUUCAGCAAGCAAAUGAAGUGUUACGAAAGUCUGAACCAAUUGAUCCAAGUGCAACAUCAUCAUCUGCUGCCACAACAACAUCAGCUGCGGAUCGUAGCAAAAGUUCUAGUGAUGAUAGAAAAUCUCAGGAUACUACUGACUCUGUAAAUAAAGACGCUAUAUCUAGUGAUAGAGACGUUAGUAGCAGAUUGUCUGCUGACGUUACUAGUAAUUUACGACGGACUAAUUCCGCUUUGGAUUCAGAUAGUUCUUCUUUAUCUUCAUGGCGUCGUUCAAGAGAUAUAGAAGGGAAUAAAAAAGAUGAUGAUACAGCAACCAGAAGCAGUAGUUUUCGACGGUCCCGGGCAGAUAGAGAUCUUACCAGUAGUGCUCCUUCUAGUAGCUUCUAUUCCACAGAUUCAACAUAUGUACCUCGAAAUCGUUCAGAUCGUACUGAACGAAAUGCCUUAUCAGUAGCAGAUAUAGGAAAUACUAGUCUAGGUGGAAGUGUUAAUUUAACUAGGUCAACAUCUUUACGAACUGAUAGAUUACGAUCUGCAGAAGAUGAUAGUAGUCGAAUUGAAUUACGUCGCGAUAGAGAAAAAGAGAAAGAAAAAGAAACAAAUAAAGAGGAUAAGGGAGACAAGGAUGAUAAACGGCCAGAGUCAGCGGCAAUACGCAGUCGUAGAAUGCGGAGAGAACGAAGGUCCACGGGCAUUGCUAAUUAUACUCCAGAAGUAAUUAAGAGGAUAAGGGAGAGUGCCCAACAGUGGGCUGGGGAAAAAGAAAAUAACAAAGAUGAUGAAGACGAAAAAGACAAGGAGAAUAAAGAUGACAGUAAAGAUGAAAUCAAAACAGAUACUGAUGAUAAGACUAUAGAUCAAAACAUUGAGAGAUGGAGGUAUCUGGCUGGUAUGAGUUCACGAUACAACAGAUAUGGUUCAACAUCAGAUGUUCCUGGACAUCUUACGACAGCCAGACCUAGUUCAUACAGCGAGUACUCACGAUCCUCGACCGCCCUAGAUAAAGACUAUAAAAAGUUAUAUGAAGAUGAAAAGCAUGAAAAAGAGCGAUUAAAACGCGAAUUAGAACAAUGUAAAAAAGAGUUAAGGGAAGCAAAGCUAGAAUUAGACCGGCAGAUGAAGAAAAAUGAGGCCAAUAGAGUAUCUGAUACAAAUGAUAAACGGGAAAGAAGGGCAUUAGAAAGAAAAUUGUCAGAAUUAGAAGAAGAAAUUAAGCAUAUGGACAAAAUAAGAGCAGAAAAUGCUAAACUUAAAGAGGAAAAUAGAGCGUUAACGCGAGUGGUUGCCAAGCUUUCAAAAUAGAAAAUGGAUCAAUUAAAGGAAGAUAACCGGCGGUUACGGGAAGAAAAUGGUGCUCUGAUACGUGUUAUAAGUAAACUUUCGAAAUAGUCACAUCAGAACUCCUUAGUCUUGUAAAUGUAUUAACAGUCCCUGUCGCUGCCAACUGUACAUUUUAUACACUUCAUGAAAUUUGUUACAAACAUUCAGUUUGUGUUACUGUGAAAUUGAUACUAUUAACAGAAUAUAUAGGUUAUGUAUAUAAAGUUGUAUUGAUGAAGAGAAUUUUCAUUCUUGUCAAAGUUUCUAGAUUCUUUUAUUGGAAGCUUAGUUUUGUUUUCUUUAUGGGUAUCUAAAAACUUCCGCUAUCAUAUAUAAGAUUUAAAUAGGAUAUAUGGUAUGUGCAUAAGACAAUAGUAUGUCAGUUUGAUACUAAGCAGCUGAUGAUCUAUAUUUAAGUUGGAAAUAAAGUAACACUCUUGUAACAGAUUUCAUCAGAUGUGUGAAAUGGACUUUUGGACGUCAGUUGACGAUAUUUAAAAAGUGCAAUUUUCGCUAGAGUUAGCUGUAUGUGAUAUUGGUCUCGUUUCAGUAUCUUACAUCCUCGGCUUAGUGUAACAAAGCUCUGUCUGUUACUGUAAACUUACAACAGUUAGUAGCUUUAUAUACUGAGCUGACUAAAGUCAUAUAUAUUUGAUCUGCAUUUUAUUGCGGAGGAAUUCUUCAUAUCUGCAAUUGUCAUUUCAAGUUUUUGUUUUUUGCAAAAGGAAAUAGGGUGUAUUGUAUGUUUGGUAUAAGUUGCUCUUUGCCGACCAUAAGAUAUUGAUAUUAUAAUUAAGUUAUGGGAAAUUGUGUCAAAAGACAUUAUUUAAUUGUGUACUUGUAGAGGAUUUAUCUCUGUUUUACAGAAAUUGUUCAAAGUUUACUUUGUGCUGUCGAAGUUUCAUCUAAAACUUAAAGCAAAUUUAUCCGUAAAUGAAAAAAGAACCAUGAAAAUGAGUAAAAACGAACAAGAGCAAAGAAAUUUUGGUAAUCGACAGUACAAAUAAAUUCGUAAUAUCCAGUGAAAAAAAAUGUAAUCUUUUAUUUUCUUAACUUACUCAAGAUGUAUCUUCUGUUUCAUAUCACUGUGUAUUAAUUAAUUUCACUCUUUAUUAUAGUAAUCUAUCCUGUCAGAAUCUGGACAAUUGUUGUAACCAUGGUAACCCUUAACAAAGUUGUUAUUUACUCAUAGGGUUUUUUUGUUUUUUUUUCAUGUAUAUGUAUUCGUAGCUCGUGUAGUUACAGUUUUUCGUGUAGGAGGACUUUUUAUGUCGUGUAACAAUGUUUUUGAUGGUACAAUAUUUGUAGGUGGUGAGAGAUUUAUGGUUACAAAAUGUCACAUGACUUCCUCAUUUGCAUAUUACAUGUUGUCCUUGUGUAUUGAUUAAUAAGUCGUGUAUUGAAAUUGAGCUGUUGUAUUUCAUUUUGCAUAAAAUUAAUGAUGUUUGUAUGAAAAAUAAAAACAUUGGUGCAGAAAGGCUAUAACUGUCAAGAUAUCUUUUUUGCAUCAAUAUUGUAGAGAGUGUUUUAAAAAGUGAAAGUUUUCCAGCUGCUGUGCUUAUUUAAGUAUUGCCGAUGUAUAAAUGUUCAAACUUGGUGCUAUUUAUUCAUAAUCACAUGCUUACUGAAGAAAAUCUGUAAACUGCCGAUGCUUUAAGCGUUUUAAAUUUAGUUGAUUUUCAGUGCUUUUCAUUUUCAAAGUUCCAAAUUUAUUCACAUAAUUUAUAGUAAGUAAGGUACCGGUAUCAGAAUUUCUAACGCAUCUUUAAGUGUAUAGUUAUCUGAUAGAAACAAAAAAUUUCCAUGUAUUGUAAGUGCCUUAUCACAGCAGGAUAAUCCAAGAUUUCAGUUAUUCGCAAAAUAUCAAAUGAACAUAAAAGGUAUUUAGGAACUGAACGUAUAAAAUGUUCAAGAAUUGGAACACAAAAGGUGUUGAAGAAUUUUACACAAAAAUGUGUUUAGAAAUUGAACAUGUAAGGUGCUUAGGAACUGAACAUAAAAGGUGUUUGGGAAUUGAACAUAUAAGAUGUCUAAGAAUUGAACAUACAAUUUUAUAUAUAGGAGCUCAUUAAUCCUGUAUAACUGAUCUAAUUGAUCAUCUUAACUGUGAAACUUACUGAAUGAGAUUAGUAGAGUAGAUUGCUUACAGCAUGUAUAGAUAUGAAGUUUUGUAAAUAGAAAAUAUUUAUCCCAAAAAUUAUGUAAAUAAUGUAAAAUACAUGUACAUAUGUUUAGGAAGCCAACUACUUGUACGCUAAGCCUCAUUAUGCAAUUGUUUCCUUUAGAACUUAUUAUUGAUCUCACUGACUGUAAAGACUGUACGUUUAUGAUUUGAACACCCUGUGUUUUGGAUUUGAACAUUGCUUACAAUUUUAGACAGUGUGCUAGUGGCUUUUGCUUUGUGACUGCAUUGAAUUGUUGCUGCCAGUGAAUGAAAUAUCUUGCCAAGUAAAUGUGAGCCAUUUAUAAUUUUUUUUUCAUUAAACUUACCCUUUUAUUGUUAUCUCAUGAAUCAGUGCUUACAUAAUUGUAUUUUCACUAUCUUAUGCAUUAUUUUUAAACGUUUUAUUAUGUCAUUAAUAUGACAAGAUGAUUUUGACCAAUCAGGUCAGUCACAUGACACUGCCAUAUUUUGUUCUACUCAUUUGAUUGGUCAAAACUCCAUGUGAUAUUGUUUUGUUGUUGUUGUUUUUGUUGGUCUUUAUAGCAUAAUACCAGUUGAGAUGAUAAAGCACAGAAUAUAAAAUUCCCUUAACUGUGUGUGGCCUUUAUGUCUUCAUAGUUAUUGUCCUAAAUAUUUCAGAAUUCUUACAUUCAUGGACAUUAUAUAGGUCAUAUUUGUAUAUAAUGACUCCGGUCAUUUUAUAUGACCCUGACCUUUGUUAUUGAAACCUCUUUUGGUGACAUGUUGGAUCAAAAGUUUGUAGAAUUCUGACCAUUUUUGCUGAUGCAUGAAGACAUUUUGCUCACAUACAAUUAGUCUGUGUGUAAGUAUUUCAUAGAUAGAGUAACAAGCAUGAUGGUACCUAGCAACCUUGUCUGGAGCCUUGGUUACUGUUGUUGCUAGGCAACAGUAACCAAGGAUCAUUUCAAGGUUGCCCAGUGAGCUUGUACAGGUGACAUGUAGGACCUGUACCUUGUUUGUAGCUCUCCCACAUGAAAUAUUUAAAGGGUUAAUUACAUGAAUGCCAUAACUUCACCAUUUCAAGUUAGGACAUUCAUGAAUUCAGACCAGAUUUCAUGUUUUACAUUUUGCAUUAUUAUUCUUCAUAUCUUUUCAUUAGUUGUGCCCAAUUUUGUUGCAACUAAUGUCUUUUAGUCACUAUUCAUGUAUAUAAAGUUAGUGUAUAUAAAUGAAUACCUGGUUUAGUUUGAUGUUCGAACUGAACAAAAGAAUGAGGAAAAGAUAAAAGAAAUUAACAAUAACAUUUUGUAUAAGUAGGCUUAAAUACAAACUGUUGAAAAUUAUGUCCCUGAUACACAUAUUUAUCACAUAUUUUGGCCUCCUAUGCAAAUGUAUUGUAUUUCUUCAAACGAAAAGUAUAAUAUAUACUAUGUGAUGACCCUUUGAAAUAAAUGAAUUUAAUUUUUGACCUUCAAAAUUAUGUUUAUUUUACUCUAGUACAGAAGUUGUUAUGUCUUACAGGCAUUGUACCUUGAGUGUCGGGUUGGACUCGAGCCUUGCACAACAGUUUCAAUUAUGUUCUUAGCAUUUAAGCUCGUGAUAGUCUUGUAAUAAAGAACUUAUUCCAUACUUUUUUCUUGGCAUUAAACACUUGAUACUCUUCUACAACAUUUUCCAUUUCUUGGCAGUAACACUGUUAAACUCCUGUACACCAUUGUCCAUUAAAGAACUUAGAAACACUUUAAAAAUCUUUUUUUUUACUGAAAGUAUUGUGCAUUAUGUGUUCUGUUAGAGUAACGGUUGUCCAGGGUGACAUGUUGGACCCUCGUUCUGUAUCACAGUGAAUGGUCUAUUCUUCUCUAAAAAUUUCGUAGCAUUCGUAAUGAUACAUUUUUAUUGUGAAAAUACUUACUUGAAACCAUUUUAAAGGGUCACACAUAGUAUGUUGAAACAGAAGGUUGGUAAGGGUUAAAAUGUUGCCUCAGAAACUGGUCGAGGCUGUUCCUUGGUUUCUGACAGCAUACAUUGGCUCUACAGAGAGAACCAGCCUUUAGAAACUAGAAUAAAGUUUUCUUUGGCCUUCACAAGUACAACCCUUACCUCAGCUUCACUACAGUGAGAGAAAGUAAAACAGUCACUGUAGUGAAGGACUGAACUCUGAUUUUGACUUGGAAGUUUUCUCUAGGACUAAAUUGUACACUGACCUGAGAUGAUACUUGCACAGAGUCAAAGUCACAGUUUUCACCUGUCAGGUACAGAACAUACAUUGUCUUGACAGAGAAAUCUGUCAUUGUCAACAUUAUUUGUGCAUGAAAGCUGCUCUGUUUGGAUAUGUACCUGUGAAGUUUUUUUUUCACGGCAAAGUUUCCUGACAGAGUUACGUCCCUUAGGUGACAUGUUGGAUCUAAGGCUUGCACAAAUUUCAUUUGAUCAUUACAGAUACAUGUACCAUGUAAAUGAAAGCUGCUUUUAAUGAUCCCUAUUGAUCAUGCAUUCAUAUACAUGGUGCUUUUUUGUUAUGGAUAGAUAUAGCUGUCUUUUGCUAGCAUUGGAAUUGAAGUGGCUUUUUUCGUUACAAACUUUCGUUUAGCUUUGCCUUAGUUGUGUUUGGUUUGUGGUUUGCUUCAAUAGGAUUUAGGAUCGGGGAAAUUUGGCUGAAAGGAACAAUGCUUUAUAUAAAAGAUAUGCUAUCCUGAAUUUAUUUAUUUACUAGUAUUAACUAGUCGUUUUAUCUUCCCUCGUCUUUCAGUAGGGAUUAUUUUUCAUCCAGUUCUAAAAGUCUGUAGCUAAUUUUAUAGGGGUAUAUUCAAAUUUUAACAAUUAAUGAAGGGUGAUAGAAGUACCAUAUGUAGCAAGUUUCCUGCAAGAAUGCCCAUUUUAAAGAUGAAAAACAUUUUUAUUCCAAGCAAAUAUUGAUUAAUUAAAAAAAGUGUAAGCUUGAGAAUAAAAAGAAUACCCUAUGUUAUAUUAAAGUUUACAUGAUACAGUUGUUGCUUCUAGGUUUACAUCGAAAACUAUUUCCCACAUUAUAUGCCAGUAUUUUUGACAUGUAGAUUUUGUAUAUAAACUGUAGGUAGCUUCAAGAAGUUUGUAUGAUUGUUUUUAAACUUGUACAUUUACCAGAAGUGCUGACUAAACAUGUGCUCUGGGACACAGUCGCUGGAAUACUUUCACUUAACUGAUGUUGUUUUAUUUUCAGAUUAUAUGUUCUGAUGUACUUAUUUUAUAGGCAAAGUUGUGUUUAUGAAUUAAAGACAACACAAAUCAGAUUUUAAAGGCAUCUUGGCCCUUGGUAUGCAGAUUUUAAUUGAUUGCAUAAGAAAGACAAGAAAAAUGUUACAUGAAAUGGGGAAAUGAUUUUACAUAGGAAUAUUCUGUAUACAUACGGUAAAUUGUUCUUGUCAAUAUUAAGGAUGACAUUUACAAAUAAAACUGUUAUGUUGCUUUAAGACUUAUAACAAAAUACAGUUCUUAUUUGGAAUACAUAUUUAUAUCUUGAUUUAUUUGUUAUUAGUUAAUGGAAUUAUUAUGCUAAUCUACUAUUUAUUGGAUUAUUAUACUAAAGAAUUAACUAUUACAUAUGCAUAUUAGGAAAGUAAUGUUAUGCAAAUGAGGAAGUUUUAUGCAAAUGAGGACAGUCAGUGAUAGUUGGUAACUAUGUAAGGUUUUCAUAUCAUAACAAAAACAUGUCCGCUUUUUAUGUACAUAAUGUUUUUGUAUUGUUUCUAUGACUAUGUACAAUUAUUACUAUUAUUAUUAUCAUGUAGCAAAUUAGUUAUGAGUUAUCCACAAUAAUGAUAAUAAUAAACCUGUUUUGCAUUA